AUGCCGCCUCAUCGAGGGCUGAGGCCUGUGUUGGCGACCGCAUUCGCCCAAACCGGCAAAGGGCCAUAUCUCCGCUCAAGACGAGAACUGAGCACUCUGGUCACGGCAUCCGCCUCAUUGUCCUCGCCACGGCAGCCUCUUCGUCGCUAUCCGCCUGAGCUGAUCCUGAUACCAAUUCCCAUCCCCCAACCCAAACCAACAUUCCCGCCAUCAUCCUUAAUGUCACAUCAGCAACGACGGUAUGCCUCGACGAGACCUGAACCAGAGGAAGAACUCAAACACACGCCCCUGUACGACCUCCACGUUUCGCUCGGCGCGAAAAUGGUCCCCUUCGCUUCCUAUGCCAUGCCGGUUACGUAUCCAGACCUAUCCCAUAAGGAAUCCCACCUCUGGACGCGCGAACACGCCAGUCUCUUCGAUGUCUCCCACAUGGUCCAGCACAAACUCUCCGGAGAACUCGCCGAGGAAUUUCUCAUGACCGUUACCCCAUCGGCCAUCAACGAGUUAGAAAAGCAUCGCUCGAGCCUAUCUUGCCUUUUGAAUGAUGAGGGGGGCAUAGUUGAUGACACGGUGAUCUCGAGAAUAGGUAAAGAUAGCUUCUACUUUGUGACAAAUGCGGGUUGUCGAGAGAAGGACAUCGCGUUUAUUGACGAGCAUAUAUCCAAAUUCCUCAAGGCAAAGGGAGCCUCGGGGGAUCAGAUCAACUGGCAUGUGCUUGACCACCACGCCCUUUUGGCCCUUCAAGGUCCCGAGGCCGCAAGCGUGCUCCAGUCCCUCAUCUUCAACGACACAGAAGAUGAAAGUCUCGACACGUUGCUGGACACGCUAUACUUCGGAUCAAGUCGGUGGUUACAACUGACUCUCCCGGACUCCGGAAUGAACACGCCAUCCCUACUGAUUAGCCGUACCGGAUAUACGGGAGAGGAUGGCUUUGAAAUCUCGAUUCCACCUGAAAACGGGAACGCAACUGAACUGGCGACGAACAUAGCAAAGGCUCUGACUGCCGACAGCUCCAAAGUCCGCUGGGCGGGGCUUGGAGCUCGCGACUCACUCCGCCUGGAGGCCGGCAUGUGUCUCUACGGGCAUGACUUAAAUGAGAAGAUCACGCCGCCCAUGGCCGCGUUGGGCUGGUUGGUCGGCAAAUCACGUCGUGUGGACAACCCUACCCCGGCCUUCAACGGGCACCAAAUCAUCAACAAACAGCUUGCUUCGCCAAAGACAAUGACUGAGCGACGGGUUGGGUUGCUCAUAGAAAAGGGUCCCGCCGCGCGCGAAGGGGCAGAAAUCGUCGAUCCGGAAAACGACAAUCAUAUCAUUGGUCACAUAACCUCGGGUUCUCCCAGCCCGAGCCUGGACGGACAGAACAUUGCCAUGGGGUAUAUUAAGAAUGGAUUCCAUAAAAAGGGAACCCCAGUGGGCGUCAGAGUUCGGAAGAACGUGAGGAAAGCGGAGGUCGCUAAGAUGCCAUUUGUGCCGAACAAGUUUUACACUCGGCCCUCGUGA